AUGUACUUGGGUUUAUUGAUAUUAAUUGGGAUUCCAGGUAGUGGAAAAAAAAAUGAAUGGAAAUCAUUGAGAAAAAAUUUAGCUUCAGAUAUUGAAAAACUUAUCCAUGCUUUAAAAUCUAAAAAUAUGAAUUUAAUUCCAACAAUAUUUGUUAAUGAUUUGAAAAAUUUAAAGUUUUUAGAAGAAAAUGUAGUAUUAAUUAUAGAUGAUAAUAUGUACCUUAAAAGUAUGAGGUAUACACUUUAUCAAAUUACUAAAAAAAAUCAAAUAGGUUUUUGUGAAGUAUUUUUUAAUUGUUCACUUGAAAAAGCUUUACAGAAAAAUAAUGAAAGACAAUCUGAUUCAAUUGUUUCACCAGAAAUAAUUGAAAGAAUGUUAACUCAAAUAGAAGUGCCUAAUAAAAAAAAUGCCUGGGAAAAAUAUUCGUUAUGUAUUAAUUCGUUCAGUGACAUCAAUGAAUUUCACACUGAUUUAUUUACAAUAUUGAAUAACUCGUUGUGCAAUCCAGAAAAAAUUUCAUUUGUUAGUUCAAAAGAAAAGCAAUUAUCUCUCUUACAAUGUCAAACAAAUAUUAUACAUCAAGCAGACAUAGCAUUAAGAAAAAUUGUCGGAGAAGAAAUUAAAAAAUUAUCCAAUGUUACACCUGCAGAAAAAAAAUACCAUUGUUUAAAGUUAAAUGAAAAAAAAGUUGACAUCCUUGCUGACCUUAAGUCAGGAGUAAUAUUUUUACCAACAAAAAUUGUGUCAGAAAUUAAAAACAAUGAAGAAAAAAAAUUUAAUAACAAAUAUAUUGAAUGA